AUGGAGACUAAUCAAGACUCUUCACUGUUCCUGAUAAAUAUUUUGGAGGAACUCGAUACCAAACAAAACACAGUUUCCUAUCAGGAUCUCUGCAAAUCAUUGUGUGCAAGGUUCGAUUUGUCCCAGCUGGCCAAACUGAGGAGUGUGCUGUUCUACACUGCCUGUCUGGAUCCUAAUUUCCCUGCCACUUUGUUCAAAGACAAGAUGAGAUGCACCGUAAACAACCAGCAAUCAAAAAAGAUCAUGGUUGCAGCAGAUAUCGUGACAAUUUUCAACCUCAUCCAGAUGAACGGGGGUGUGGCCAAGGAAAAACUUCCCGUGGCCCGAGAGAAGGUGAGGAAGAAAGAAUCAGUAGAGUCCUGCCGGUCUGACUCGGAAGUCUGUAAUGUGGUGGACUGUGUGCCUAACUGUGAAUUGAGAGACAGAGAAUUUAGCAGAGGGUACUCAGGCAGGAGGUCUUCCAAAUGUAGGAAAGGGGAUUGCAAAGACUGCCCACAAUUUGUACCCACAUCAGAAUCUAAUUUUUUGCUUGGGGUCAAUAAGGAAAUGAAAGGCCGAGCAGCAUCACUAGAUCGGUUACAAGCCCUAGCAUCAUAUAAUAUCACCAGCUCUCCCCCCUGUGAAAUGCAGAGCACAUAUUUCCCCAUGAACAUUGAGACAGAAUCUAUCUCAGACCAGGACUCAUUGCCUAUCAGUGCAAGCAUCAAGGAAACAUUCAUUUCAAAUGAUGAACCCUUUGUGAUGCAGUCAUGCAUGCAGAAAAGAAACAUAUUCAAGGAAGACUUCCAUAAUCUCUUAACUAUUUCUCCAAACUUGGUAUCACCCACAAGCAAAACAGAAGAGGAACUUCUAGAACCUCCAAGCAGGAAGGAGACUUCCAAGCAGGCAUUCUUCAAUCACAGUUUUGAAAUGCCAUACAGCAGCCAGUAUUUGAACUCAAUUUAUUCCCCUGUACCAGACAAAAGACGAGUCAAACAUGAAAGUUUAGAUGACCUCCAAGCAUCUACUUAUUUUGGACCAACAACUUUCCUUGGAUCACAAGAUACUAAAAGGUGGUUAGGAAAACCAAACAAACAAACCCCAUGGCCAGCAAAAAGCUGGAGUCUGAAUACUGAAGAAGUCCCUGAUUUUGAAAGAUCCUUUUUGAACAGGAAACCAUCAGAAGAGAAACCCCGAUACCAAGGUUCAAAUAGCAGACCUUCCAAUUUUGCAGCCACUGAGAGGCACCAAACUUAUCUCAGCCCAAAGGAUCAACAGCCAAUGUUGCAGUCCAACUAUGCUGUGAAACCAAACGGACAUAAACCCAAAGACAUCCCCUCCAUUUUAGAAAUGGAGCAGCAUGAACCUGUAAAAAAAUUUAAAGACAAAAACAUUAACUGCACUUCCGUCCAACUUCUCAGCAGUGACAAAACUAGCAGUGUUGGAACGCAGACAGACCAAAAUGGGUUGGAGCACAAAAAAUGUAACUCAACUCAUAACAAACAUUGUGAGCGACAUUCUCUCAAGCAAUCGGAUGAUGACUCUGAAAUUGUGAGUGAUGACAUCAGUGACAUUUUCAGGUUUCUGGAUGACAUGAGUGUCUGUGGGUCUUCUGGGGUGAUGCAGUCCUCUUGCUACAACAGCACCGGCUCCCUCUCACAGAUACAAAAAUCUGACUGUGAAAGCUCCCCUGAACACCACUUAGUGAAAAUUUCCAGUGGGAAUUCCAGUAACAAGUUGAACAAGGUGUCUCAGUUGGAGAUCAGCACUGCAGCAGAUGAUGAACUGAAAACCAGUGUCUGCAAGCUUGUACUGAGGAUUGGGGAAAUAGAAAAGAAACUGGAGUCUCUCUCAAGUGUCAGGGAUGAAAUUUCCCAAGUCUUGGGGAAGCUGAACAAAUUGGAUCAAAAGAUCCAGCAGCCAGAGAAAGUCAGCAUCCAGCUUGAUCUUAAUUCUCUAACGAGUGAAGUUCAGUCAGAGGAAAGUACCUCCCCAAGGAUGUUUUCAUGUAAUAAUUCUUCACAUGGGGGUAAAUUGGACAACAAUCCAGAUUGGUGCUGCUCAGAUGCCAGUGGCAGCAAUAGUGAAAGCCUUCGGGUCAAAGCCUUAAAAAAAAGCUUGUUCACUAGGAGGUCCUCUAGAUCACUUACAGAGGAAAACAGUGCCACCGAAUCCAAGAUAGCGAGUAUUUCUAACUCUCCUAGAGACUGGCGGGCUAUCACUUAUACCAACCAAGCUGGAAUCACAGAGGAGGAGAUCAAAGACAGAAGUGGGAGUGAAAACAAAGACUGGCACCGAAAAUCCAAAGAGGCAGACCGGCAGUAUGAGGUCCCCCAUCCUUACCCCACAUCGCUCAAGUCGCACAUGAAGAACAACCCCCUCUACACAGACAUGCGGCUGACUGAACUGGCUGAAGUGAAACGAGCACAACCAUCAUGGACCAUUGAGGAAUAUACCAGAAAUGCAGGCGAGAAGGGGAAACUUGUGGCUUUGGAUCUACAAACUCAAGAAUCUUUAAAUCCAAACAAUCUUGAAUACUGGAUGGAGGACAUCUAUACACCAGGCUACGAUUCGUUAUUGAAACGUAAAGAAGCUGAAUUUAGAAGAGCUAAAGCUUGCAAAAUAGCAGCACUUAUUGUGGCUGCUGCUUGUACUGUUAUCCUGGUCAUUGUUGUUCCUAUAUGUACUAUGAAAUCAUAA